CAACCCGAGGGGCGCAGGCGCACACUAAUUUCCUGACAGCUCCACACAACAACGUCCUAGCUCUGGGUCUGUUCUCCUUACCGUGUGUUUAUCGUGCAGUAUCUGCCAGUAUAACCAGUCUCGGUCCCAGUACCAUCAACAGCGCCGGGAUGAGCGGCCGCUGGGUGGCCGUGCUGGGGCUGGUGUUGCUGGCCAGCCCGCUGUGUGGAGGCUCGGGACGUUACUUCACCGAGGAGGACAUGGAGGGGAUCAGGCAGCGCAUCAAAUCCAUGUUCUACCACGCCUACAACAGUUACCUUGACAACGCCUUUCCCUACGACGAGCUCCGCCCACUCACCUGUGACGGACAGGACACCUGGGGCAGCUUCUCGCUCACUCUGAUCGAUGCUCUGGACACUCUACUGGUUCUGGGGAACAACACAGAGUUCCAGCGGGUUUCCUCUCUGCUGCAGGACACGGUGGACUUCAACAUGGACGUCAACGCAUCUGUGUUCGAGACCAACAUCAGAGUGGUGGGUGGUCUGCUGUCGGCCCACCUGCUGUCAGGGCGGGGCGGCGUGGAGGCGGAGCCUGGCUGGCCCUGCGCCGGCCCCCUCCUCAGGAUGGCUGCGGACGCCGCCGCCAAACUACUGCCUGCGUUCCAGACGUCCAGCGGGAUGCCCUACGGGACGGUGAACCUGGCGCGGGGGGUGAGCCCCUCGGAGACCCCCGUAACCUGCACGGCCGGCGUGGGGACCUUCAUCCUGGAGUUCGCCGCCCUGAGCCGGCUGACGGGGGACCCCCAGUUCGAGACCGCCGCCAGGCACGCCCUGCUGGCCCUCUGGGACACCCGCUCAGAGAUAGGCCUGGUGGGGAACCACAUCGACGUGCAGAGCAGGAAGUGGGUGGCCCAGGACACGGGCAUCGGGGCGGGGGUGGACUCCUACCUGGAGUACCUGGUGAAGGGCUCCAUCCUGCUACAGGACCAGGGGCUGCUCAACAUGUUCCUGGAGUACGACCGGGCCAUCCAGAACUACACCCGGUUCGAUGACUGGUACCUGUGGGUCCAGAUGCACAAGGGGACCGUCACCAUGCCCAUCUUCCAGUCCCUGGAGGCCUUCUGGCCCGGCCUGCAGUCCCUGGUGGGGGACCUGGACGGAGCCAUCAGGACCUUCCAGAACUACUACUCGGUGUGGAGGCAGUUUGGAGGACUGCCAGAGUUCUACAGCAUCACCCAGGGAUACACCGUCGACAAACGGGAGGGCUACCCGCUCAGGCCAGAGCUGAUAGAGAGUGCCAUGUACCUGUUCAGGGCGACAGGUGAUCACGUCUACCUGCAGUUCGGUCUGGACGCCAUCGAGUCCAUCGAGAAGAUCGCCAAAACCCCCUGUGGAUACGCUAGUGUGAAGGAUCUGCGCGACCACAAGCUGGACAACCGGAUGGAGUCGUUCUUCUUGGCCGAAACCAUCAAGUACCUGUACCUGCUCUUUGACCCCGCCCACUUCCUGCACGGCGCGGGGGAGGACUGGGAGGUGGGCGGGGAGGACGGGGGGUGUGUGCUCGGGGCGGGGGGGUACAUCUUCAACACGGAGGCCCACCCCCUGGACCCCGCGGCGCUGCACUGCUGCAGCCGCCACGCCCGCGAGAGACAGGAGCUGCGGGACAUCCUGCUCAGCCAAUCAAAGCCCCCGCCCGCCACCCACAGCCAAUCAGAGACCCCCAAGGCAGCGGAGAGCCAAUCAGAAAGCAUCGCUCUAAAACCUGGGGAGCGUAAGGCCGCCCCCCUGCUCUCCUGCCCCGUGCAGCCGUUCAGCGCUCGACUCGCUGUCCUGGGCCAGGUGUUCACCGACAACACCUGACAUCUGGGAUCCACUCGCUUUCCUGGGGCAGGUCUUCAGGGACAUCUGACAUCUGGGAUCCACUCGAUGUCCUGGGGCAGGUCUUCAGGGACAUCUGGGAUCCAUUCGCUGUCCUGGGGCAGGUCUUCAUGGACAUCUGGGAUCCAUUCGCUGUCCUGGGGCAGGUCUUCAGGGACAUCGGGGAUCCAUUCGCUGUCCUGGGACAGGUUUUCAUGACACAUGACAUCUGGGAUCCUUUCGCUGUCCCUGGGCAGGUCUUAAGGGACAACUCACAUCUGGGAUCUACUCGAUGUCCUGAGAAGGUCUUCAGGGACAUCGGGGAUCAACUCGCUGUCCUGUGGCAGGUCUUCAGGGACAUCGGGGAUCCACUCGCUGUCCUUGGCCUGAAGGUUUGAGAUGAAUCCUUGAGGACCUCCGUCCUGGCAUGUCUGGUCUGAUCGUCUAGUCUGGUCUAGUCUGGGCUGGUCUGGUCUGGUCUUGUCUGGGUCAAUCUGGUCUGACCAGACCAGUUUUCCGCUCUGAGCCGCCCGGUGUCUGAGGACUUCUGCCGUGUUUGAAUACAAUGAUGUCACCAGGUGAAUUCAGGUCAUGUGACCCGCUGCAGCUGGAGACAAGAUCUUUGGCCCUGAAACAUGUGACCUGUUAUUAAAAAUGAGAGUAAUGUUAUUUCGGGCUUUGAAUAAG